AUGGACAAAACAACCGCCAAUUCAGGACAGGACAGGGAGUUCACGAGGGAUGAGGUGCGAGACCACAACGAGACUGACUCCUUGUGGGUGAUCGUAGAGUCCAAGGUCUACGACAUAACCCAUUUCCUGGGGGAACACCCGGGAGGUCGGGAUAUCCUCCGAGAGUACGGGGGAAUGGAUGCCACCAAUCGGUUCAGGGAAGUGGAGCACUCGGCCGACGCCAUCGAGAUGAUGAAGGCCUAUAAGAUAGGACGGGUGGUGGGCGAGGAUAUAGCCACUCAAUGGGAUGAUGGAGACGGAGGGGACGGUAGUACUCAGCAACUGGCCGAACAAUACAGUAUAACCGUGGGUUGGCUACCGAUGCUGAUCGGCAUCGGAGUUACUUUGAUCUCCUAUUAUGUGAUUAAUUAUAGCUUUUAA